UUAAAUCUGUAAAUGCUCAGUCAAAAGGAUUCACCUCUGUUAAAUGAAUACUUUAUUUAUGUGUUCAUCAGGGUGAAACUGUACUCAGCGGCAGAUAAUCAAUAGUUGAUGUAGUUUGCUGGAGUCCUUGAGUUAUGCUCGCUACAGCUAAUGCAGUGUAAGAGAAAACAGUACUGUCUUCUAGCUUCCAAAGGCUCUUUACUGCAGUUCAUUUUACAAAGUAAAGCAUUCUCAGACUCUGUUUACUAAUUCUACUAUACAUUUUAUGAUUAAAUUACAUCAAAUAAGUUCACAUCACACUGUAAUGAGAUGUCAAAGGCUGCGAUGGAGAGAGCUUUUUAAAAUUAAGUUUCUGGAGACCAGCUUACUUUACGUUAACAACUGGGGUCUUGAGUGUUAAUGUUUACAGGCCUAAAAAAAAUUAGUUCUAUUACAUUUUGAAUUAAAUGUUUAUAGGACAUAUGGAGAGCCACAUGACCAAUCAAGAACGCACUCGAAGCAUUCUACUGGAACAAGCCAUGAAAAUCAGGGACGAUGUGAUGACUGCAACUCAGGGUUCAGUCCGGAUGGAGUCUUCUGCUAGAAAACUACUGGAGAACCACAUUCAGAUCAUAACUCACAUUGUCAAACAGCUCAGCAAAGACAUCCAGGUGCUGGAAGCCCAGAUUAUUGAGAGAGACAACCUUGCUGCAGGGACAACUUUUGCAGUCAAGAGCUUGGAUCGCAAGAACAUGACGGGUAUUGGGGAUCUCAGAGGCAGAGUGGCAAGAUGUGAUGCUAGCAUUGCAAAAUUGUCAUCAGAUGUUAGUGCUGGAUGGCGGGACAUCCUGAAACUCCGGCAGGAAGUGAGCGAGUUACACUCUGGGCUGGAGCUGAAGCUGAAAGACAUGGAGCUCAAGCUGUCUCAGGAUGUUGGAAAACUAGAGGUGUCACUGUCAGAGAAGUUCAUUUCUCAGAGGAACAUCACUGGAGAUUUACAGAAGGACAUAAAACGACUGGAUUUGAAGAUCUCUAGUGGUCUGAGGGAGGUGGAGGAGCAGACAGUGAGACUGAGGAAGUGGGCAGAAGAGCAGAUGAAAACCACAGUUCAAUCACACACACAGAGCAGCCAGCAGCUGCACACACUGCUGCAGGAGAGAGCGGUUGAAGUGGAAAGCAUGUUAAAGGAGAACAUGGCUCUUCUCUCUGGUCAUGUGGAGAGGUUGGAGACACAGUUGGAGAAGGUGCGAUCAUCUGACAGGACCAAGCACUCAGAGAACAAACUCAACCGCACGAUCAACACUUUGGAGCAGUGCUUCAGAGAAGAACUAGAGCAGAUGAGGAGGGAGUACCAGUCAGGGUUCCAGGCGGUUCAUGAUGCUAUUGCGUCUUUGAGACAUAUCGGCGACACCAAAGCAAAGCUGGACAAAGGAGAGCUGCAACGAGACAUUAGACAGAUCCAGAGAAACAUGGUAGGACUGAAGGAGCCCUGACUGGAUUAUUCUUUUAGAAGACAUAUAUACUGGAAUAUACAACCUGUGUGAGAACACAAAGUAUGAUUCAGCAAAAUGUGGGCAGAUGAACAAUAUAAUCAAAUAAGCUCUAAAUUGUUUUCUACAUUUAAAAAACAAAAACAAAAAAAACAUUGCGUAGAGUCAUUUUUCUUGAAUCUCUUUUUUCUAGACCAGACUUUAAAGUCAGAUUUUGAGUGAACAAUCAUAGUUGAUGAAAUUCAGUCAAGGUACAAUAUUCCAAUAUUAUCCAAUAUUAGAAGCACAAUACUUGUGCAUGCUCAAUACUGAAAGAUUAAGAAGAUUAAUUGUUCUGUUUGUCUGCAUGUCACCAGGCCAAUAUUGAUUGUAAUGAAUGUUGGAAUAAACAAACAAGAUUG